GGCUUGUCAAUUCUUUUAAUUUAUUCGUGUUUUCGCAUUAAAAAUGCCGUACGCAAAUCAGCCUUCAGUCCAUAUAACCGAUUUAACUGACGACAAUGUGAAAUUUUACAUCGAGGACACAGAUUUAAGUGUUGCAAACAGCAUUCGCCGGGUUCUUAUCGCCGAAACCCCCACAUUGGCCAUUGAUUGGGUAAAAUUGGAAGCCAACUCGACAGUUUUAAGUGACGAAUUUUUGGCGCACAGAAUAGGACUUAUACCUUUGAUUUCCGAUGAGGUUGUGCAACGUCUGCAAUAUCCAAGAGAUUGUAUUUGCAAAGAUUUCUGUCAGGAAUGCAGUGUUGAAUUCACUUUGGACGUAAAAUGCACAGGCGACAAUACAAGACUUGUCACUACAGCCGAUUUAAAAUCUAGUGAUCCCAGGGUAAUUCCAGCCACCUCAAAACACAGGGAUGAUGAAUCAUCAGAAUAUGAAGAGAACGAUGAAAUUUUGAUUAUUAAGUUACGUAAGGGGCAAGAAUUGAAGGUCAGAGCUUAUGCUAAGAAAGGUUUUGGCAAAGAACAUGCAAAAUGGAAUCCAACUUGUGGAGUUGCUUUUGAAUAUGAUCCUGAUAACUCUAUGAGGCACACUUUGUUUCCCAAGCCAGAUGAGUGGCCUAAAAGUGAAUACAGUGAACUAAAAGAUAACCAAUAUGAGGCUCCUUUUAACUGGGAAUUGAAACCAAAUAAAUUUUAUUACAAUGUGGAAUCCGCUGGUUUAUUGAGACCGGAAAAUAUUGUCAUAAUGGGUGUGGCAAUGUUGAAAGAAAAAUUAUCAAACUUGCAGACCCAACUCAGCCAGGAGUUGCAGAAUGAUGCCUUAGCUAUUUAAUUAUUUUUAUCAAUAAACUUUGACCAAGAG